GGUGAGGCUGCUCUGGGGCUGCAGUUGGAUGGCGCCUGAGAGCCUGGGGCCCAGCCCAUCUAGAACGUGCUGACACAUGGUCGCUCAGAGGUAUGUCCUCGGUCACAGUGUUGGCUCCCUGUCAAAGCUGAAACCCUGGGAGGAGCCCCCAGCCUCCAUCCAUCCAUGCCGUCUGAGUACUGAUAUGGCUGACUGAAGCCUGGUAAGCAUGCAGAGCCCAGCCCAGAAGCUCGCCAAGCCCUGGAGCUCCAUGCAGGGGCCACAGGAUGGAGAGGACCUUGCCCACCAGCCCUGGUAUCACGGUGCCCUGUCCCGCCAGAAAGCCGAAGCCUUGCUUCUGCAAGAUGGUGAGUUCCUGGUUCGGGCCUCAGGGUCCCACAGGGGCCAUCCUGUGAUCUCAUGCCGCUGGCGAGGUGAGGCCCUACAUUUCGAGGUGUUCCGUGUGGUUCUGCGUCCCAGACCAGGCCGCCCCAAAGCCCUCUUUCAGCUUGAAGAUGAGAGAUUUCCCAGCAUGUCGGCCCUAGUUCAUAGUUACGUGACUGGCCAGCGCCCACUGUCCCAGGCCACAGGGGCUGUGGCUUCCAAGCCUGUGACUCACCAGGGGCCUCUGAGGCGCAGCUUUAGUGAGGAUGCACUUGUGGACAGCCCAGCUGGGACUGGUUCUCUCAGGGCUAGAAAGUGGAGCACCAGUGAGCCUGCAGACUUGGAGCAUACAGGACAGUCUAAAGAUCACCUGGGACCAGGAGCCCCCACGGUGCCUGGGUCUGCCCUGUUGCGCACAGGCAGUGAGCCCGUGUUGCUGAAGGAGCCUGCUCGCAUGGGAACAAUUGCCAUCGGUCUGAGAGCUUCAGAUGGGCAGCUUCAUGCAAAGGCACCCACCAAGCCACUCCGGACACCCUCCUUUGCCUCUGGGCGCCCCCCAACAUACUGUGAGCUCCGGCCUCAAGUGCCUAGUGUCCAGAGAACCAUGUCUGGACAAAGCUGCCCAGAGCCAGAGGCCCCAUGGUGGGAGGCAGAGGAGCAGGAGGAGGAGAAUAGAUGCUUUGUCAGACCACACGCUGAGGUCUCUUUCUGUCCCCCUGACAACCCAUCCUGCCUGCUGGGUCCCCAGAAUCGGCCCCUGGACCCCGCGGUCCUGCACACUCUCCGAGGCUUGUUCUUGGAGCACCACCCUGAGAGCACAGCCCUGCACCUGCUGCUGGUGGACUGCCAGGCUGCGGGCCUACUGGGAGUGACUAAGGCCCAGCGAGCUGCCAUGGGAGUUGCCUCUGGCCUGGAGCUGUUCACACUUCCUCAAGGCCAUCGCUUGAGGGUGGAACUGUUGGAGAGGACAGAGACCUUGGCGCUGGCCGGGGCGCUGGCCGUGCUAGGCUGCUCGGGGCCCCUGGAGGAGCGCGCGGCUGCGUUGAGGGGCCUGGUGGAGCUGGCGCUGACGCUGAGACCGGGGGCCACGGGCGACCUGCUGGGGCUGACCGGGGUCAUGAGCGCCCUCCUCAUGCCCCAGGUGUCCCGCCUGGAAAGCACUUGGCGCCAGCUCCGAAGGAGCCACACGGGGGCCGCGCUGGCCUUCGAGCAGGAGCUGAAGCCCCUGAUGCGAGCUCUGGAUGAAGGCUCGGGACCCUGCAGCCCCGGCGAGGUGGCCCUGCCGCACAUGGUGCCCGCCGCUCGGCUGCUGGAGGGCGAGGAGCCCGAGGAGCUCGCGGGGCCGCUGGAGGACAGCUGCGAGCGGCUGCUGUGCGUGAUGCAGGCGGCACGACAGGCGGCCCUCCAUGCGUCCAGGUUCCGCCAGGCGGCCGUCCAGCGUCUGCGAGGAUUCCAUCCAAACCCGGAACUGAGGGAGGCCCUGACCACUGGUUUCCUCAGGAGGCUGCUGUGGGGGAGCAGGGGUGCCCAGGCACCCAGAGCUGAGCGCCUGGAGAAGUUUCAACGAGUCCUCAGCACGCUCUCCCAGCGCCUGGAGCCUGACAGCUAGCAGCAGGCCCCUGUCUAUACUGCAAGGACACCCGUGCUCUUGAGGAUACCAAGAAGUUACCCCAAGCUCCUGAAAACGCUAGGGCACAGUGGUGCCCACCUGUCGUCCUACUAGUUGAGAGGUGGAGGCAGGAUCAGGAAUGCAAGGCCACCCUCAGCUCUUAGUGAAUCCAAAGACCGCCUGGACUAGAAACCCUGUCUCAGGACUGCAUGGUAGAAACCUGUGUCCCCUGAAGGUUGGUGUGAAAGUUUGCAAAAAUCUGUGCCCUUGGCCAAAAUCUCCAUGGAUCCAAGGCUCCCCCCCCCCCCCCAGAAAGAAGACUGGCCCAGGUAUCUGGAGGAAAAUCCGCAGCCUCACAGAAACCCCUCAUCUGGGACACAUGGCUCUUCACUGAGAGAAAAAAAACAAAAUGAAACACUAGCGACCUGGUGUGGUGGCUCAGGCCUGUAACCCCAGCACCCCCCCCCCAGGCUGAGGCAGAAAGCUGACCAUGAGUUUGAGGCUAGAUCCGCUAUCAGUGCUCAAAUGGGACUCUACCUCUUAAAUACUGUAUGACUUCCAGCAGGUGUCUUGACCUCUCUGUGUCUGACUUCACAGGAAGGUGAGAGACUGCUUCCUCAGGGUGGCGGCAGGAAUGAAGGAAUGCAUGAGUGAAAUGAAAGGUAGAAUAUUAGCACACAGUAGGUACCCAAUAAAUGUCACCUGUUCCAUGCAGGC